UCUGAGCAUCCUCUGGGAGACCAGGGACUGAGGGAGUCUCGAGGGUCAUGUCUAUGCCAAGUGCAUCUUCUGAGACUCACUAGCUCCCAUGUCCCACGUCGAGGUGGCACCUCCCCCCGCUAUGGCCGCGGGCGCCCUCCUGCCCUGCCCAGUGUCCCGGCUGGACUUCCUCAAGGCCUCGCACUUCGCGCUGGGGCAGGACCCGCGGUUGCACGCGGGCGCCAAGCAGUCCACAUCGCACCGGGACUUUCCCGCCUACUCGAGCUCUACCCGUGGGCCGCUGUGCCAGCCGCCGCCCUGCGCAUCCCUCUUCCAAAAGGAUGCGCGCUGGGCGGGCCAGGAGCGCCUGUCGGAGACGCGCUGCGCCUAUGAGCCCCCGCCACCAAUGCUGUUGAGGGAGCAAGAGUGGGAACUGGCGCGGGAGCGCACACUCGCCAUGCAAGCCAGUCACCUGCACGUGCACGCGGAACCGCGCGCCCGCACCGGCCUCUCCACUGCGCGCGCCGACUACGGCUGGCAAGAGCCGCCGGAGCGCGCUCGCGAACAGACCCGCGGCGCGCGCCUCAUCUUCGACCGCGACUCGCUGCCGUCCGGCGACCGAGCCAAGCUGCGCAUCCCGCCCACCACGUAUCGGGAGUUCUUCCCGCUCCACAACUUUUGCCUGAAGCCCCGCGAGCCUGCCUGCCGCCUCUGUGGGCCCAAUCCCCUCCAGUGGGAACACAAGAGACAGGAUGACAACACCUCCUACCAGAGACAGUUCCAGGCCCUGCCAGGCCCACCUGCCUUGCCGUGUAAGAGGGCAUCCUCCAGCAUAGAACUGGGAGACUUCAAGACUGGCUACAGGCCCAUCUGCACGGAGCAGAAACAAGCCUACAGGCCUCUGGAUCUGCCCCCGGACAGGUAUGACAAAGCCCAGGCCUCAGCCCACAUCCACUGUGUGAACAUCCGUCCUGGGGAUGGCCUCUUCCACGACAGGACCACCAAGAGGGAACACUUCUAUGCCCGGGAGCCAGAACCUUUCCUUCUUCACCACGACCAGACUCCGGAGUCACACAUCCUGGAAGGAAACGGGUGUCCCGGUCCGGGGAGCCUCACCACCUCCACACAAUUCUUCUACCGUCAGCCGCUGCGAGCGAGCGAGUCAGCCAGCCGCCACGUGCCUCAUGAGACAUGGCAGAGUCACAUAACCCUAGGGGAGCCGUCGCUGCUCGGACGGUUCUUCCAGACCUCCAUGGGCACGGAUUAUUUACCCACUGGGAUGCCAAAGCCGCCGAAAGCGCCCAACCUCCACCUGCAUCGAAGCAACCUGCCGGAGGGCACCGGCGACGUAGAUUUUUUAACCAUGAACCGGAAGAUGCUGAAGCCACACGGAAUAGCUCCAGCCUCUGUGACCGAGGAGAUGCUACAGCGGUGCAAGUAUAGCCACUUGGAGCCGCCGCUGGGUCAACAGCGCUUCUUCUCAACCCUAAACAAGGAUGAAUAUACCUUCAAGUACCAGGGCCCAGCGGUGCUAAGAUGGGACGACUUCCAGGAGAGUCACUUGCCCCUGGGCUCUCUUCAUCAGUGGGGCUGUGGGGCUCGGAAAGUGGACCCUCGGGUCCCCCAGACCCCUAUCUACCCAUGCCCUAGCCAGCAAUAAACAGCGCUUUGGCAACCCA